AUGGACUCAAAAGUUAAUUCCGCUGACAUUUUCAGCUCAUUAUUCUUCUUUUGGCGUACUUUGGGCUUCACAACCACCUACAAUAAGUAUCUCAUCGCUUUGUACGAUGCAUUUGUGACUACAUUCGUCACAUUUGCCUUUCCUGUACAUCUUCUUUUGGGCGCAGCUUUUGCGGAAAGGAAGGAAAAUAUAUUCAUCAACUUGGCCAUUGGCAUUUCCGCAAUCGCUUGCACAUUUAAGCAUUUCUUGUUGCGUCCACAACUAACUGAAAUUCUAUUUGUGAAUGAUAUGCUGCAGCAAUUGGAUGAGCGCGUCCAAAAUGAUGAGGACAUACGCUACUACGUUACGCACAUACGCAGGAGAUCAAUUUUUAUGAUGCGCUUUUUUACUGUAGUGUACUUUUCAGUGGCAAUCAUGGCAGUGCUCUCUGCGUUGUGGACUGGAAAAAUAUUAUAUCCGGCAUACGUUAUCGUCGACUGGCAUAGCUCAACCGGAAAAUAUUUGCUGGUGAUGCUGUUUCAAGCAUACGGUUUGAAUAUGGAAAUCAUACAGAAUCUUACCAACGAUACCUAUGGCCCAUUGGUAUUGUGUCUGCUCUCGGGGCAUGUGCACCUGCUCGCCAGACGCGUGGCCCGUAUAGGUCAUGACAUCGACGGCGACACCGUGGAAGACAGCUAUAGGGCGCUAGUGCUUUGCAUUGACGACUACAAACUGCUAAUGAGGUACUUCACAACUAAGCAGGUGGAGCGCAUCAUCUCGUCCAGCUACAUGGUGCAGUUUACCGCAGUUGGCAUAAAUGUUGUUGUAGGUCUCAUCUAUAUGCUUUUCUAUGCUGAUAACCUCUUCGCUUACGGCUAUUAUAUUUUUCAUAUUUUGGCCAUUAUGAUUGAGAUUUUUCCCUGUUGCUAUUAUGGCAGUUUGGUGCAGGCGGAAUUCCAUGCCCUAUCGUAUGCUAUCUUUCGCUGCAACUGGUUGACACAGCCGCGCGAAUUUCGUCGUAAUCUUAUUACUUUUGUGGAGCUGUCAUUGUAUGAGGUCACCGUGUCGGCGGGAGGUAUGAUGAGAAUACAUUUGGACUCAUUUUUUAAAACCUGUAAAAUGGGCUACUCAUUCUUCACGGGGGCUUUCAACAAAUAUUUGCGUAUUAUCUACGAUUUUCUAAGGAACUUUUUCGUCAAUUUUGCCUUUCCGUUGCAUCUGGUGUUAGGCAUAAUUUUUAGCACCAAUCAGGAGCAAUUCUUCAACAACUUGGUAAUUGGUAUUGCAUGCGUUUCGUGCACCUUCAAGCAUUUGUUGCUGCGAUUUCAUCUUAGUGAAAUGAUUGAGGUGAACGACAUAUUUUCGCAGUUGGAUGAUCGCGUUCUCAUCGCCACCGAUUAUGAAUAUUACAAGCGUUUUAUAGAGCAGCCUUGUAACUUUAUGAUAAACUUCUUUACACGCUGCUACUUCGCGGUCAGCAUAACGGCAUUGCUCACAGCCUUAGUCACUGGUGAACUACUCUAUCCCGCCUUUGUGCCGCUGAAUUGGCAAACAUCGAUUUUUAAAUACAUUAUGGCCAUACUCUUUCAAUUUGUUUGUGUUUCGUUGCAAAUCGUACAAAAUAUAGCCAACGAUGCAUAUGGCCCGGUGGUACUUUGUUUGAUCUCUGGGCAUGUGCACCUGCUGGCGAAUCGGGUAUCGCGUGUUGGUCACAGCAGCGAGGAGAACAGCGAACAAAAUUACAAGCAAUUAUCCAUUUGCAUUGAAGACCAUAAGUUGCUGAUGAGCACCUCCAAAAAAGUAGAGCGCAUUAUCUCAGCCAGCUAUUUGGUACAAUUUGUUGGUGUUGGCGUUAAUCUUUGUGUUGGCCUCGUUUAUUUGCUCUUCUUCGCCGAUACCUACUUUGCCUACGUCUAUUAUACUAUUCACAUAACAGCCAUUAUGAUUGAACUCUUUCCGUGCUGCUACUAUGGCAGCAUGCUGGAGUGCGAAUUUCACGAUUUGUCCUAUGCAAUAUUCAGCAGCAACUGGCCAACUCAGCCACGCCCAUUUCGACGAAAUGUGGUUAAUUUUACUGAGCUUACGUUAAGAGAGGUGAGCUUGUAUGCUGGAGGCAUGGUGCGCAUCAACUUGGAUUCAUUUUUUGCUACUUGCAAAAUGGGAUAUUCGUUCUUUACCGUCAUACAGAGCAUGAAGUAA